GCCACAUUCACCAAUCAAUAUAAAGGAGAUCUGGCACCGGUUCUCAUCAUCAGUAGCAGAAAAGGUGCCUCACCAUCAACACAAUCGCACUCAUUUCCCGCACACACACAGACACACCAUGUUCACGAAGGCUGCAGUCGUGGUGGCACUGAUUGGUGUGGCACUGGCCAUCCCCGCUGAUCCCUAUGGCGCACCUCCAAAGCACCAGCCAUCAUACAAAGCGGAACCUAUGCCAUAUGAAUUUGCUUAUGGCGUAAAGGAUGACUACGCAGGCACUGACUUCGGUCAAAACGAAGUCUCUGACGGCAACACAGUGAAAGGAUCAUACACCGUCCAGCUCCCCGACGGACGUAAACAAACUGUAAACUACGUUGCCGAUCACUACGGUGGAUACCGCGCUGAAGUGUCCUACUAUGGAGAGGCCCAGUAUCCCCAUGAAUACGGACCCGCUAUUACCUUCAAACCGAAGGCUUACAAUCCUCAACCAUCUUACCAGCCUCAGCCAUCCUACCAUUAGAUGAUCAGAUGAAGGCAUGAGUCAUCUUGAGGUCUAUCGAUUUUGUUGAAAUGGUUCGGAUUAAUGAUUGUUGAUACACACAAGUUAUUUAAGUAUUUUAAUAGAAAAAUAAAGUUGAAAAGAA